CAAAAGAAUCAAUAAUAUUUGUUGUUUUUUCAUGUUUGUAUUAGUAAAAACAUAAGUAAAAAGUUAUAGGGUUAAGGUUUUGGUUUUCUCUUUCACUUUCUCUCGGGAUCGGGAAGGUGUUUUGGAUUGUGUUUGGAGCGGAUUGGUUGUUUGUCUCCAAGCUUUUCUGUUCCCCAUAUCGCCCACAACUGUUACGGGUCUCCAGGAUUUCUUCAUUUCUGGGUUGUUUUUGUUUGCAUGGGAUUUUGGGUCUGUCUCGCUCUUUGCUCAUAGUAAUUUCAGAUACUUGGGUUAGGUUAAUUCUCUCACCUGAUAAAGUGAUGCAGAAAUAAUGUUCCAUGUCUGAUUGUGAGAUCUAAUUUGCAAAACUGGGCAAAGAAAGUUUCAAGCUUGAGAUAGAAAAAAGACAAUAUGGCAACUUAUUACUCUAGUUCAAACAAUCAAAGAGAGGCUGCCCCAAUGCUGUAUUCAAGGGAACACUUGCCUAGUUCUUAUCCAGAAGCUUCCGUUCUUCCCACAAACAUGAUGAUGUACAUGAAUUCGGGUUCAUAUCCCGACGCAUUAGGUGGGAAUUCUCAGCAGCAAAGUAACUGCAAUAUUGAAAUGCCACCAAUGGGGGCUUCUGAUUCCACCCCACAACAGCAGGACAUCUUGUCGAAUCUUGGGGGCGGUUCAAGAAUCGGAGAGCACAAUUUUGGUGAAUGGAGAGAUGGUAAAAAUGACUUGGUAGUGACUCACUCAAUGGGGGGUGGGGCUCCAAGCAUUCUUCAUGGUGGACAGAACUUGCAGGGUGGUCAAGGAUUGUCCCUUAGUCUUGGCACACAAAUUCCAUCAGGAAUCCAAAUGCCUUCAAUCUCGUUCCGCAAUCCUAACAUGGGUUUUGCUUCUUUCUUGAGCCCGAAUCCGUCGAUUUCAGGGGAAAGGAGUGGCUGUUCAAGGGAUGAUCAGCCGAGGAAUGUUGAAUAUUUGGCGCCUGGUUUUCCUGGGGGUAAUCAAGAUUUAAGUAAAGGGGAAUUGUCUCCAUAUGGGCUGUCAAGUGUUGCAAGAACAGUUCCUAGCUCUAAGUAUCUCAAGGCGGUGCAACAACUGCUCGAUGAAGUUGUCAAUGUCCGAAAAGCGCUGAAGCAGCAUGACAAUGAGAGGGGCCAAACUGGGCAGGAGCAGCGGAUGAAAAGCUCCAAGGAGGGUGAUGAAGGAUCAAAGAAUGAAUCUACACCUGGAGGUGGAGAGUCGACCACUAACUCACAACCCGAGCUUUCACAUGCCGAGAAGCAAGAUCUACAGAACAAAUUGACAAAACUCUUAUCCAUGUUGGAUGAGGUUGACAGAAGGUACAAGCAAUAUUACCAUCAGAUGCAGAUUGUGGUAUCAUCAUUUGAUGCAAUCGCAGGAUGUGGAUCAGCAAAACCAUACACGGCACUUGCCCUCCAGACUAUUUCACGCCACUUCCGGUGUUUGCGGGAUGCUAUCACAGGCCAAAUAAAAGCAACCCGCAAAAGCCUUGGCGAGGAAGAUGCUCCAGGAAAUGUGAAAGGAGUUGGAAUAUCGCGCUUGCGAUACGUGGACCAGCAGCUUAGGCAACAGAGAGCUCUUCAGCAGCUUGGUAUGAUGCAGCAACAUGCGUGGAGACCACAAAGGGGGCUUCCAGAAAGCUCUGUGUCGAUUCUACGUGCGUGGCUGUUUGAGCAUUUCCUUCACCCGUAUCCCAAGGAUUCUGAUAAGAUCAUGCUAGCAAGGCAGACAGGCCUAACUAGAAGUCAGGUCUCAAACUGGUUUAUAAACGCAAGGGUGCGUCUGUGGAAGCCCAUGGUUGAAGAGAUGUACAAAGAAGAGACAGGUGAUGCUGAGAUGGAUUCUAAUUCAUCCUCCGAAAAUUCGGCCAAAGCAACAAAAGGCGACGUUAGGACCUCCGAGGACAAGGGGGCAGACAUGCAGCAGCAAAGUGCGAGUUCAACAGGCACUGAGAGAUGCAGCACUGGCCAAUUCAUGGAGUCAAAAACCGACCAUGUUCCUGAUGUAGAAAUGGCAGGAUCAAUUCGAUCCGCCAGUUUCCACAAUGUCCCUCGCCGUGAAGCAGAGGCUGAAUACGGGCUAAUAAUGAAGCGCAGGGAGGAACAAAGGCCCGGUAUGGACGACUGCAGUCUCUUUCCCGACACAAUGGUUCAGUCUGAUGGAAGCAACGAAAGAUACAUGGCUGCAGCUGCUGCAUACCACAUGUCGGAGUUGGGGAGGUUCGGGGGCGGUAGCGGGGUGUCUCUCACUCUGGGAUUGCAGCAUUGUGAUGUUGGUAGCCUACCAAUGUCUAGUGGGACACAUCACAGUUUUGUUGCCAUGAGAGGGGAUGAUAUAUACAAUGCUGCAGCUUCUUCAGUAGGAGCUGAGACAGCAGAUUUUGAGUGUGUGAAUUCGGGGAACCAGCAGCCUCGAUUCGCUUCUUCCCAUUUGCUACAUGAUUUCGUAGUGUGAGAAAAAGGAUAAAUAAAUAAAUAAAUGAAAAAAAUGCUUGAUUGGAGAUAUCAACAAUGGGGUGACAACAAUUCUUAAAAGGUGAGGAACAAGACUUGACAGUGAAAAUCAGGUCUUGCUUUGCUUGCAAUGGUAGGAAAUUUGUAGUCUUCCAAAUAUGGAAACACCUAAACACAGUUGUAUUAUAUCAAGAAAUUGGUUGGUAAGGUCAGCAUAUUUGUAUAGAUGAGAUGUACAAGUAGUAACAACUUUGGUAUUGAAGUACAAAUAAAAAACAAAUAUACUGUCGUUUGAUAUAAAUAAUUUUCCUAAGUUGAUUUAAGUUU